AUGUCUGAAAAAUUAAUCCCGCUUCCAAACAACCACGAGCACUGGAUUCACAAGCUUUUUUCCAUUUCCCCCAGCUCAGAUGGCCCUUUAGUCUUGACAGAGCAACAGUACGCUGUUUAUUGGCCGUUAGUAGAUGGAUUUUGGAUGCAUACAAAUACUCAAAGACACAAGCAUGGGAAAUCAAUUUCUCAUUACUAUUCUUGUCGGCUGGGUAAAGGACGAAUAUCCUCAAAGGCAGAGAGAUUUCCUGCAGAGAAUCUGAGUGGGAAAUCACGCGUAACCUCAUUCCGAUCACCUGUGGAAUGCUGUAAGAUGCGAAUCAAAAUUACCGAAUCCAUUCCAGUUCCUGGAAAAUUCAAAACAUACACCGUCGAACAGGUCAUUCCACGCGACGCGACAAAUUGUUUUCAACACAAUCAUACAAUAGAGGAAUCCUGGAAACGGAAACGUUCAUCUUUUUUGACAAACAUUAUACGUGAUGAAUUAGCAAAAGGGUAUACACCUGCGCAGGUAAAGGACCGUUUAAAAGGCACUGGUCGUGCAGGUGGAUAUGAACGUCUUGAGAGUGUAGGUGGUGCGUUUAUUGAUAGGUAA